AACAUCCGUCCUAUUAUCUCUGAAGAUUCUAUCUAUUUCCUUCGCUCUCCGAUCCUCCGAAGGUUCCAUCUACUUCGUCGGAAAUCGUUUUUUGCUGAGCUUCGAGGGGGAGGGAGGGGGAGGGAGAAAGAGACGGAGAGGGAGAGGGAGAGGGAGUGCGGAUUUUGGAAAGGUGGAGGGGAGAUGGGAUGCGAGUCGACGGCGGCGUCGCCGGGUGGAAAACGGGGGAGGGAUCCGGAGGAGGAGGUCUACCUCGACAAUUUCCAUUCGCACAAGAGAUAUCUUAGUGAAGGCUUGAAGAUAAUGGCUUCUAGUCUGAAUGGGCUAACGGUUGGUGAAUCCAUGGCUGAGAAUCUUAUGGAUUCUCCGGUGAGGUCUGAAAGCAACUGCUACACAAGAGAUGAGAUUGCCUCAGAGUACUCGCCCAUGUCCGAGGACUCCGAUGACUCGCGCUUCUGCGACAACCCGAUAAAUUCCGUUCUACAAUCCGAUGUUUCAACUUGCAACGCCGCCCCAGUUUCCCCCCACCGGCACCAAAGAGCUCAAACAGCACCGGCGACCGCCCUGUUUCCUCCCCUUCCGGGCUGCACGCUCGCCGCCGUCGUCUGCUCGCAUCCUCGGCAGCGAGGUUCGGAUGACGGCGGGCGGUUCCCGUCAUCGCCGAACGAUAUGUGUCACACGGGGGAUCUGAGGAGGACGGCUCUGCUGCGGUCGGUGCAGAUUCGAACGCAGGGGGAGGAGAAGCCGUGCUCGUUCAUGAAAGAUGAGGGAGGGUUUCAGAUGGAAAGGGAAGGUGAGGAGUAUAUUGAGGAGUGCUCUUCUGUGGAUGGGAUAAGUGAGGCUUGAGUUUGGUGAGGAGAUUAGAAGGUCUUGUUCAUAACCUUUUUCUGAGAAUGAUCUUGUUCUUUCACUUUUAUUUGAUGUAAAUUUUCCUUGAAAAGUUUUUUGGUUCUUC